UAAUUUUGCCAUAGGAGAACUUUAAAAUUCCAGAGCGGUGCGUAGAGUGAUUGACGUACAAUGUACCCUCUGCCUAACCAAUUAUUUUGCGCGAAAGGACUUUUCUUGUAGAGGGGGUGGUUUCACACUUGAUUUGCUCUACCCACAUUUCUAGAUUUGCUCACAAGUGAAAUUCGGGACUCGGGUACUUUACCUCAAGCCAUCGAAUUCUCCCUAGGCAACAAUUGUUACAUUGUAGAUUUUUGUAGAUAGUUACAUCGUUUCCAAACGUCAACUGAAUGGAAUGAACAAAACAUCAGAUACUCUUCCAAGUCUGUUUCUGUAGUAUAAGCUGUGUAAACUCUCUAUUUUGUAUCUGUUACAGGUUGGCAUUGUUUUAAGAGGCGACGCCAUUUAAAAAUAGUCUGCUGUUAAUCUAAUCUAAAAUUAUGACUUCUUAAGAAGUCUGUAACCAAAAAUAACGGAGGCUGCGUAGACAAACUAGCUGUGUGUCUAGUAGGUCAGGCAACUAGCUUCUUUAAGUUCGACCAACUAGAUCAGUUAUGUAUUCAAGGAUGUCUAACGAGGGAAAUGAGAUAACAAAUGGCAUUGAAGUUAUUAAAGAUCAACUCUAUUUCGCUAUUCUCCAGCAGAAAGUCAAAAGCACCCCCGAGAGGCACUGCUUUUGCAUUGAUGAUGAGCUGUCUUAUGAGAACUUCUAUGCAGACUUUGGCCCUCUGAACUUGGCUAUGUUUUAUCGCUUCUCCUGCAAGCUGAACAAAAAACUGAAGUCCUUCACACUUGCAAAGAAAAAGAUCAUUUUUUACUCCUGUGGAGACAAAAGGAAACAAGCCAAUGCUGCCUAUUUGAUUGGCUCCUAUGCAGUAUUGCAUCUUGAGAAAACACCUGAGGAGGCCUAUAGCCUGUUGAUGUCAAGAAAUGCUACAUAUAUGUCCUUCAGAGAUGCCUCCUUUGGAACCUGCAUGUACAAUCUGAAUAUUCUUGACUGCCUACGAGCUGUACACAAGGCACUGCGGUUUGGAUGGCUCGACUUCUCCAAUUUUGAUGUAGAGGAGUAUGAACACUAUGAGAGAGCAGAGAAUGGGGACUUCAACUGGAUUAUUCCUGGGAAGUUUUUGGCUUUCAGUGGGCCCCAUCCAAAGAGUAAAAUUGAGAAUGGCUAUCCUCUACAUGCACCUGAGGCCUACUUCCCAUACUUUAGGAAACACAAUAUCACCACUGUAAUCCGGCUCAACAAGAAGAUGUAUGAUGCCAAGCGCUUCACCGAUAUGGGCUUUGAGCAUCAUGACCUGUUCUUUGUGGACGGCAGCACACCAACUGACACCAUUGUAAGCAAGUUCCUACACAUCUGCGAGAAUGCGAAGGGAGCUAUAGCUGUUCACUGUAAAGCGGGCCUUGGCCGGACAGGGACCCUGAUUGGUUGCUACCUGAUGAAGCACUUCAGACUGACAGCUGCUGAAGCCAUUGCAUGGAUCCGGAUCUGCAGGCCUGGCUCAGUCAUUGGACCACAGCAGAAUUUUGUGGAAGAGAAGCAAAAUGGCUUGUGGGUAGAAGGCGACCUCUUCCGUGAGAAGCUGAGUGAGCAGGAGAAUGGCUCAAAUAAGAUGGCUACCGUCACAGGAAUCCUGUCUGGUGUGGACGACAUCUCCAUCAAUGACUGCAACAAGGGCAGGCCGAGCAGGAAAGCAGGCUCAAAGCUGUACAAUGAUGAGGAUGAGGGCACUGCCAUCACUCAAGGGGACAAACUUCGUGCACUGAAGAGCAGGCGACAGGCCAGAGCGUCCACUGGCUCCUUAUCGUUAAUUCUCCAGUCCAGUGCACAAACGGCAAAGCCCCAGAAGGACGUUAGGAAGAGAAGCAGGACAUCCCUUGGAGGAUCGAACACAGUUGGGAGCUCAUUCUCACACUCAAGGCUAGCAAGGUCCUUAGGCAACCUGAACGUAAUGGCCAGUGAAAUGGAUCAAGCCAACACUGACCAUGUAGCCACCACUCGCAUCACUGUUCAGCAAUGGGACUGUAACUGCUUAAGCCCAACAAACCACAUCAUCAACAACAGCAUCCACCAGCACCAUGGCCCACAGAAGCCUGGUCCAGUCCCCCUCAGUGCCUCUACACUCUGUGGGGCUGCCGUGGGCUUACAGCCCCCAUCACUCCAUAGCCAAAGCUAGAGCACCUCUUCUGCGAUGAACUGUGCAGGAACUGCAUUGAACUGACCAUCUGGCAUAUACUUUUUAAGGAAUGUGCAUGAACAACUUUUUUUAAACAAGAAAAAACACACAAGCAUAUGGCCUGUACCCAGGAGAUUUCCUUGAAAAGGACAACUGCCUUUUAUGUUUUACUUUCUCAGUAACGAAUGACUAGAUUAGGCCUACCCUUGGUGUGGCUGCAUUGUAUCGACAAGUUUAAUAGUAGGCCCACAAAUGCUAUUAUAUGUGUAAAUUGCGUUUUUUAAAACAAACGGGGAAAAAAAGUUGGGUGAAACCUGUUAUUUUGCCACAGUUAACCUGUAAUACUUUAAACUGUACAUAACCAGCAUUUGAUAAUCCUGGAAAAAAUGGUGGUGUAAAUACGUGUAUAUAGGCUAUUUUGUACCCUUUUUUAAUCAUGAUUUCAGGGUCAGACAUCCUCAUAUUUUUUCCGUUAUUUAAACUGUACUAAUGUCCAGUGUAGAAUAUAAUAGCAGAUGUUUAAUAAAAAAAACAUUCUGACCAGA